AUGCCCUGUACGACAACAUCCACCUCUUUGUGGACGACUGUGCGUCUCACAGCGCGCCGUGGACCCUCUAUCCAAAAAAGAGGUGCUGUCACGGGUAACCACCGCUCCUGCCGCCGUUGUCGGGGUGGGCGACAUCAUUGCCGACAGGAAAUUCCGCCAGCAGACGGGAACCUCCGCCGAGGAAGAGGCCAAGGGCCCCUCAGCUGA